AUGUCAAUAGACGGAGUAAGGUUGCCGUCCUACCAACUCUUAAAUCCUUCUUCAAACAUCCAUCUCGUUAUCGAUCUCCUCUUCCACAACUCUACAAACGAACCAUGUCCUCCGCAUGUCCAACGUCUCGAGGGUAAAACCAUUGUUAUAACUGGUGCCUCAUCUGGAAUUGGCAGAAGUACUGCUUUAGAAUUUGCGAGAACUUCUCCUAAAGAUUUGAGAUUGAUCUUGACAGCUAGAAGAAUUGAUGUUUUGGAAGAAGUAAAGAAGGAUAUUGAGAAGGAAUGUGGUGAUGGGGUUAAAGUUUUGGCUGUUAAAAUUGGAUGUUUAGUAAACCUGAGGAGGUGA